GGGAAGUAAUGCCGGCUCAGCUUUGAGUGGCCUGGGAGAGCGAAGAAACCCUAAAAUGGAGGACUUUUCUACCAGGACCUAUGGCACCAGCGGCCUGGACAACAGACCUCUGUUCGGAGAGACGUCGGCCAAGGAUCGAAUCAUCAAUUUAGUUGUUGGCAGCUUAACAUCCUUGUUGAUCCUAGUCACGCUGAUCAGUGCUUUUGUUUUCCCUCAACUACCUCCAAAACCGUUGAAUAUAUUUUUUGCUGUCUGCAUCUCUUUGAGUAGUAUUACUGCCUGCAUACUUAUCUACUGGUAUCGACAAGGAGACUUAGAACCGAAAUUUAGAAAUUUAAUUUACUAUAUCUUAUUUUCUAUCAUCAUGUUAUGUAUAUGUGCGAACCUGUACUUCCAUGACGUGGGAAGGUGAGGCUGCCAAGGAGAAAUACUGACCAGGUCUCUUCAAAGCUAUACGUGAGGACUAUGAGUCAGAGCUGGGUAAGCUGUGCUGAAGAAUCUCCUGCACAAGUCUGAUACAUGAUUUUCAUGUUAACUGUAAAUCUUAAAUUCCCUCUUGCAGGGGACACAUAUCCUAGAUUGCUUUGCUUUUUCUUUAAGGAGGUGGUGUUGCACUAAAACAUUCCAACCCUUAAAGCUCAAAUGGCACAAGCAAUUUUCACUUUUGAAAUUGAACAUUUUUAUAAUGUAAGUGCAUGGCGAAAAGCUAUGUAACAAUCUUGCAUUUUAAGACAAAUAUUCUUUUAUUUCUGUUAAACUGAAUAUACAAUUAUUGUUCCCUAGGCAACCAACUUUUCCUUAUAACUACAAUUUCACAUUAACAAAACACAGACGGUGAAAAGACAACUUUGAUUGUGAAGAUCUAAUUACAAUAAUAAAUAAAAUAAUUUAUACAAGGUU